GGUGUCGCGGAAGGUCCCGCGCGGCGACCCGUAGGCCGGCGAUUGUCCCGAGCGGGGACCCGUAGGCGGACGAAUCGUGCCCGGGAAACGCGGAGCCCAUCAGGGUGCGGCCGGGUCUCCUCAGGCGCGGGAGCCCCCGGGACUGAGCCCCUCUCUCCCGAGCCCGGCGCUGAGGAUGUGCUCCCUGGCGCUCUUCCCUCCGCCGCCGCUGCCCGGGGACGUCACCCUCUACGAGGGCAACAACGCGCUGGUCUCCGGCCGCGUCUUGGAGACGCUCUCGCUGCCUUUCCAGAGCCAGUUGGCUGACCUGCCGACCCUGACCAUCCCCAAGGAGACACUGAAAGCUCACAGCCGCCUGGAGCACAGCACAAAACCUGCCUUCAUCCACCACCGGGAGUCCCUCUGGAAAAGGUGCAUCAAUGCAUGGCGCGAUGUGGGUGUGUGCGGGGUGCUUAGUGAGAUCGCCAACGCAGAGGAGGAAGUUCUCCAGUGGGUGAAGACAGGAUCACGCUACGCCCUGGCUGUGUGCCACUGGGUUUCUUCUCUCCAUGGUUCCCUCUUCCCCCAUUUGUCGCUAACAAGUGAAGACAUGAUAGCAGAGUUCUCCCAGGCAGUGGACUGGGCUGGUUGCUCCAUCCGGGCUUUUGCUUGGCACCCCCAUACCAGCAAGUUUGCUGUGGCCCUAUUGGAUGACUCUAUCCGAGUGUACAACACAAACAGUGCCACAGUGCCCAUCCUGAAGCAUCGCUUGCAGAGAAAUGUGGCCUCCAUGGCCUGGAAGCCACUGUGCGCCUCCAUCCUUGCUGUGGCAUGCCAGAGCUGUGUGCUGGUGUGGCACCUGGACCCCACUUCCCUUUCCACCAGGCCUUCCUCUGGUUGUGCACAGGUGCUUUCCCAUCCUGGUCACAGUCCCGUCACCAGCCUGGCCUGGGCGCCCAGUGGGGGGAUGCUGCUUUCAGCCUCGCCGGUUGACACAGCCAUGCUCGUGUGGGAUGUGUCCACUGAAAACUGUGUCCAGCUGCAGUGGUUUGGAGGGGGCGGGGUCACCCAUCUGGCUUGGUCGCCAGAUGGCAGCAAGGUGCUAGCUGCUACACCCUCGGCCGUGUUCAGGGUGUGGGAAGCCCAGAUGUGGACGUGUGAGAGGUGGCCAACCAUCAAGGGCCGUUGCCAGACAGGCUGCUGGAGCCCUGAUGGCAGCCGCUUGCUCUUUACAGUUCUGGGGGAGUCAGUCAUUUAUUCCUUGUCCUUCUCAGAGUACAAAGGAGAGAUGCAGGGGCAAGUAGGAGGGCCCAAGACGGCAUCUAUUGUGGCAGACCUGUCAGAGACCACCUUUGAGACGAUGUAUGGGGAGGAGAGGAUUGGCGGGGAAGUACACUCCAUGGUCUGGGACCCCAGCGGCGAGAGGCUUGCAGUCAUCAUCAGAGGAAACCCUGGAAGCAGGACAGUCAUCGCUGUGUUUCGUACUCGCAACAGCCCAGUGUUCGAACUCCUGCCAUGCGGCUUCGUACAGGGCGAGCCAGGAGCUCAGCCACAGCUCAUCGCUUUCCAUCCCUGCUUUAAGAAGGGGGCCCUCUUGACUGUGUGCUGGUCUACAGGACGGAUCAGCCAUAUCCCCUUCUUCUUUGUGGGCGCCCAGUUCCCUUGCUUCAGCCCCAGCCACAGUCCCAUGGCAUCCCUGAGCAGGAGCAGCACCAGGGUACGUGAGCAGCCCCUGUUCUCAGAGCUGUGAAGCCUGAUGCUUGGGGGCCUAAGGUCGGACUGCUGUUCAAGCCCCUUUGGACCUCCCAGUAAAACUGGAUUGCAGUGCUGGGUAACCAUAGGACACCUCGUGGUUGUUGCUUCCUCCUUGAGCCUGACCUGAAGUGGGCUUUUCCCUUCCAGUGGGGACAUGCACAGGGAUUGGGCGGAGGCUGCUGGAUGGACUGAAUGGAUUUGUAUCCAGUGGUAUCUGUGCAGGGCUGGGGACACCUCUGUGCUGUGUGGGUGGAUGUAGCAGCCCGCGUGGUGCUACGCAGAUUAAAGGUCAAGCUUUGUCUCCCUUUUUGUCUGGCUUCUCUAGAAGUG